AUGGCGUUCCAUAACUCUCCCGCAUUAGCACGCCAAGCACAAGUGAUCCUCUACGAUCGACUUCUCCCUCUUAUUUCUUCUGUGUCUAGCCCUCAGGGGUCCCCAGGUGGGAUAGAUGUUCAUGAAGUAUGGAAUUCAACAACGAUGGACUUCAUCACUGCCUACCUAUUCGGCCUGAAGAGCGGCAGCAAUUUCAUUCAGAAUGAGUCAUACCGUCGGCAUUGGCUAUCAUUAUACCAAAGCCGCAAGAAUUAUACAUUUUUUCCUCAAGAGCUUCCACGCCUAACACGGUUCUUUAAGCGCUUGCACAUCCAUCUUGUACCCACGUGGGUGGAUGAUGCAAACAAUGAGCUCGAGGCCUGGUGCAAAGAGCGCUGUGACGCCACUUCAGCAAACAUCGCCAACAAAACCACAGGCGAGACCACAGAUAUUGGCAACGAGCCUGUGGUAAUGAAGGCCUUGCUCGCAGGAAUCGAAAAAGAGGAAAAUACGAAGGGGGAUGAGUCGGUUCUUAGGACUGAAACUCUGAAAUAUCCCGAGCUUAGCAUCGCAUCCGAGAUGAUCGACCAGCUAGCAGCCGGCCACGAGACGGCCGGAAUCACACUCACAUACCUAUCUUGGCACCUUUCCCGCAAUCCUGAUGUCCAAGAUGCGCUACGAAGCGAGCUCCUCAAGCUCUCACCGAACAUGUCGCUAUCCCAGCACGAUGGCGCUGUAAAGAGCAUCCCAAAGUCUAAAGAUUUGGACGCGCUACCCAUGCUGCACGCCGUCAUCAUGGAGGCCCUCCGUCUCCAGGCCCCUAUCCCAGGCACACAGCCACGGAUGACACCCUACCCCUCUUGCACGUUAGGGCCAUACGGUAACAUCCCAGGUGGGGUGCGAGUUGGCGCCCCAGCACACAGCGUGCAUCGCAACUGUAAUGUCUACCCCGAGCCAGAGAGAUGGGACCAUAAGCGCUGGAUGGAUAGCGAGUACGGGUAUACUGAGAAACAAAGACGGGAGAGAGACAAGUGGUUUUGGGCAUUUAGUAGUGGGGGACGAAUGUGUAUUGGGAGCAACUUUGCUAUGCUUGAAAUCAAGCUCAUCAUCGCCGCCAUAUACACGAACUUCCGCACAUACAUCGUAAAUGAUGAUGGGAUCGAACAGACAGACGGAUAUACAUGCGGCCCUGCCAGCAACAAGCUCUUUUUGGGAUUCGAGCGUGUAGGUGGUAAGACGGGGUAA